UGUGUCUGGGUUUAACGUUGGUGUUUCACCCACACUGCUCCAAUGUCGCUCUAGACACCCCCCACCCUUCCAUAUAUGCAUAUAUAAUGUACAACAACCAUAACUCCUCCGACCACAAGGCGGCUCCGCCGAUUAUGAGUCCCCGGAUCUCUUUCUCUAACGACUUUGUCGAGUCCAGUAGCGGCGGCGCCGCCGCCCAUCAUCACUACCACCAGCAACUCAUCAAGAAUUACCGGGAUGCCCCCGUUUCUUCUGAUUUUGAAUUUUGCGUCUCGAACUACUCGGCCAUGACUACUAUGACCGCUGAUGAGCUCUUCUCCAAGGGCCGCCUUUUGCCCUACAAGGAGACCGCCGCUCCUAGCCACCACAAGACCACCACUCUCAAAGAUGAGCUUUUGCAGGUGGAGGAUGACGAUUUUGCCCUCAAGCCUCCCAAGAGUCCCACCAGGUGGAAAGGGCUUCUGGGGCUCAGGAAAUCCCACAUUGGGUCCAAGAAAGUUGACAAGAAUAGCGAAGAUAAGAGAGAUGAAGUUCUUGCCACCAAGAACUCACGGGAUACAUUGCAUGGUGGAGGGUCAAGCUCAUGCAGGGACAUGGAGUUUCGAUUCAAUUGACGUUAGUUGUUGGAUGGCUUCACUACAUUAUUCUUAGAAGAGCUUAAUUCUCACUAUUGGAGGGGGUGGAAAUAUAUUGUUAUUAGUGUGGUUAGGAAUUGGUGUGACUUCUGUUUUAACUUGGAAGUUUGGGUAAAAAAAAAUAGUUGUUCUUGGAUUUGGAUUCAUUUUCUAUUAAGUUAGUGUUUUCAAGCUUUCUUGUUUCAUUACACCAUUUUUGGCUGUUUCUCCAAUUCUCUGUACCAUAUAUAUAACUUCUUAUUGUGCA